AUGUCCUACAUCAACAAACGUGUACCAGGCGCAGACCAGUUCUUUCCUCUCAAUGAUCCCCCAAUCGGGACUGCCUACUCCAAGGAUCUGUACCCUCAGAACGCUGAGCUUCCUACCCUAUUCAAACCAAUCACCAUCCGGGGCGUGACAUCCAAGAACAGGAUCAUCGUAUCGCCCAUGUGCCAAUACAGCGCUGAUGACGGCCAUGCGACCGACUGGCAUCUCGUAGAACUCGGUGGAUACGCUACUCGGGGAGUGGGCGCCAUUUGCGCAGAAGCUACUUCUGUCGUCCCAGAAGGUCGUGUCUCUCCGGAAGAUGUGGGGCUCUGGAAAGACAGUCAGAUCGCGCCUCUGAAGCGAAUCGUCGACUUCGCACAUGCUCAUGGUACCGUCAUUGGCGUGCAACUUGGCCAUGCUGGGCGAAAGGCCUCUACAUACGCACCAUGGGUUCAUUCCGAUUUUGCGGGUACCUUCAGGGCUCCGAAGGAAGUUGCUCGCAAGCACGAAGGAGGUUGGCCAGACAAUGUGCUCGGUCCCAGCGACAUCCCGUACUCCAACCAGUAUGACAAACCUAAGCCGAUGACAGAGGAGGACCUGCAGCACGCCGAGGACGCGUUCGUACAGGCGGCCGAGCGCUGCAAGCAAGUAGGAUUCGACUUUAUCGAGAUUCACGGCGCACACGGCUACUUAAUCCACCAGUUCCUCUCCCCCCUGUCGAACCUCCGCACGGAUGAAUAUGGCGGCUCGCUCGAGAACCGUCUGCGCUGGCCCCUCCGAGUCGCGCAAAAGGUCCGGGCCGUUUGGGACAAGCCGCUCUUCUAUCGCAUUAGCGCGACAGACUGGGCCGAUACUCCAGAGCAGGACGCCAACGGCAAAUGGACCCAAUGGGGCAUCGAGCAGAGCAAAAUCUUCACGGGAGAGCUCGAGAAGCUCGGUAUCGACCUUAUUGACACGACCACUGGCGGAAUCUGGGAAAAGCAAAGGAUCGACGUCGGCCCGGGAUACCAGACUCCGUUCGCCGAGGCGUUGAAGAAGGCCCAUCCUAACCUAGCGAUCGGUACUGUCGGGCUGAUCACCGAGGCCGAGCAGGCCGAGUCGUACCUGCGUGACGGAAAGGCAGAUGUUGUCUUCAUUGCUCGCGCCCUCAUCCGGAACCCAAAUUGGGCGAUCCACGCCGCAGAGAAGCUUGGUGUCGCAAUCAAACCCGCGAACCAACACGAACGCGGUUGGGCUAAACUGCUUACUCCGGCUCGGGCAGGGGUAACCAAGCCAUGAGCGCGGCAGCGAGCAGGGUACUGCGAUGGAGAGCUCGGACAUGAGAAGGGCGUAGGCCUUUGAUAUACGGUCGAAACUAGACGGACGUAGACAUUAGUGUUCGUAUAGUAGAUGAUUCCGAACCUUCAUAAGACGAGAUGCUGCUAUCUUCACGAUGUAGAGUGAGAGCAGGAAGUGUAUAUGAAGUAUGGAUCUAUGAAUCCUUGCUGUAAGAAGUGUCGUUCUACACUUGCUA